AUGAGUUUCAACGUCUUCCGUAUCUUGGGCGAUGUCUCGCACACGGCCUCAAAAUGCAUUCUUAUCUGGGCUAUCCACUCGAAUAAGAGCGCCGAAGGCGUUUCACUCCUUACCCAGAUCCUCUACAUUGCAGUCUUCUGCACGCGCUAUCUAGACCUCUUUUGGGUAUCGCCGGCUUUGUCGUGGUGGAAUUUUGUGCUCAAGAAUUUCUAUAUCUGGUCGUCGAUAUACAUCAUUGUGUUGAUGACCAGGGUAUAUGCCAGGACACGUGAGCAAGAGAAGGCUUGGAAAUGGGGUGCAUGCGCAGCUGGUGCAUCAUUGAUAUCCGCACCGUUGAUUUCCCUCAUCUUCAACGGCUGGGCACGCAGUACUUUCAGCGAAGUGCUCUGGACUUUCUCAAUCAUUCUCGAAUCUGUCUGUGUCCUUCCACAGCUGAUCCUCCUGCGCCAAACAGCAGUGCCCACGGUGAUUGACUCUUUCUAUUUGGUCACCUUGGGUUCUUACCGAGCAUUCUAUCUUCUUAAUUGGAUCUACCGCGCGUUCACUCCAUCGAAGCCCGAAGCGAUUUCGGUCAUCUUCGGUAUUGUUCAAACGGCAUUCUAUGUUGACUUUGCGUGGGUAUACUGGACGAGACAAAGAGUCAAGUUGAGAGGUGGCGGCGUUGUGGAUGCCGACGAUCUGAGAAAAGGAUGGUUGGUCAAUCGCGUCUUCAAGCAAGGUGAAGAUCCGACAGAAGAGGACGAAGCCGAAGCAGGCACCAGGGAGCCCAAUGGAAAUGCGCAACCAAAAGUCAAUCGCUGGGGCCCACGUGGCAUCUCCAUUUCCGCCGACGACACAUUGCACGAGCAUGACAAAGGAAAGAGAGCGGUGAAGAGCGGAGAUCCCGAAGCUGACCCAAUGCUUACUUCAGGCUCGUUCCAACCGGACCCGGAAUCGUUUGAAUUCGGUGACGAAGACGACGAUGCUCCUCAGUUGGACGAUCCAGGUAGCAAAGUGCUGAACAGCAACGAGGAAUGGCGUGCUAAGUCCCCCUGA